AUGUUCGACUGCCGCGCGCCGUACAACCCGGGCGCGUACGCGUCGCUCGUGAAAGAAGAACGAUCCGCGAGCUCGCGGACGGUGUACGCGACCGUGUUCUUCGCCGGCGCGGGCGCGUCCGCGGGGUACCUCGCCUGCGGCAGCAGCAGCGGCGCGCUGAGCGUGUGGAACCUCGACGACGCGCUCGGACGCGCGCGCGCGGCGGACGCGAGCGGGGACGACGACGCCGCCGUGCUCCCGCGCGUGAUCGUCGAUGCGCACGACGGCGCGGUGUACAGCGUCGUGUCGUACGAGCCCGACGCGGGGGACGCGGACUCGCGAUUGCUGUGCACCGCGGGCGAGGACGGCGUGACGAACCUGUACCGCGUCGCCGACCUCGUGAGCGCCGCGUGCGACGCGAGCGGCUCGACCGGCGGCGUCGAAGGCGACCGCGGCCGCCGCGCGGACGUGCGCCCGGUCGCGUCGUUCACGAACCCGCAGGAGAGCCGAGGCCGGGGCGCGCUCGGGCCGGUGCCGGAGACGACGGCGCUCGCGGCGGACGCGACGCGCGGGAUCCUCUUCGCCGCGGGAGGGGACGGCGUGACGUACGGCUGGGACGUGACCGAGGGGAAGAAAUCGCCCGCGUUCGCGCUCAAGGGGCACGCGGACGCGCUGCACUGCGUCGCGAGCCGCGGGUCGUGCAACCAAGCCGUCACGGGAUCCGAGGACGGCACCGCGCGGAUCUUUGACGUGAAGUCGGGGAAGUGCACGCAGGUGAUCGACGUGUGGCGCGCGAAAGGAUUAGGGGUCGGGGAGAGCGGCGUCGGCGUCGGCGGCGGCGCGUGGGUAGGGUGUGUGGGGUUAGAUAAAGCCGAGAAUUGGGCCGCGUUAGGGUGCGGAGGACGAUGCGUGACGAUGUGGAGUUUCGCCGCGGGCGCGUGCGCGUCUCGGAGCAAAACCGAGAUGGCGCCGCAGACGAUAAAGUUAACGGGCGAGCACGUCACCGCCGCGGGGGCGGAGCCGGCGGUGUAUCGAUGGAAACUCUCCGGGCAACUCGUAUCGAGACAGCCGUGCACGCCGUCCUCGGUGUUCUCGCUCGAUAUGCAAAAUCGAGGGUUGACCGCGGUCGGCGGCACGGGCGCGACGGUCGACUUGUUCUCCGAGCUCGGCACGCGCGUGUGCACGCUGACGUGUCCGUAG